AUGCAUACUCAGAAAGCUACGCACCUGUUCCAAUCAGAUGCAUCACUCUCGCAAGGUGUUGAACGCGCAGCCAAAGCCAGACGCACGGCGCACGGUGCGACCUAUGGUUCGCCCAUUUGGCUUGGUCGCGGAGUAAAAAAGCAAGAAGCUCAGGUGGAUUUUGUACAACUCGCUGAGCGUGCUGCUGGAGCCGAUGGCGGUGCAUACAAAGUUAUUUCUGCUCACCGACCAGCGGGCGCUUUUGCGUCGUCGAGAUCCCCCUACCUAUGGACAGCUGAGAGUGGACGUAUCGCACGAUGCACGAAUCUUGAAACUGGAGAAACCGUGCAGCAGCUAUGUGGUCAUAUGGGACCUGUGUCCGGUGUAGCGACGUUAGCCAUUGCUCCCGAUCGCACCCUCAUCUGCACGGCCUCAUGGGAUCGCAGCAUACGUAUAUGGCCAAGUACGCCCGGCAAGCCGCCAUGUAUCGCACUGCUGGAGAACGCUGCGUCUGAUUUACUCAAGGCCCUGCAUAUAGAUGCGACACAUCUCCUCCUUUACAGUGGGGGUAAUGACAAGGUCGUGCGAGCGUGGGAUCUGAGUGCCGUGGUUUCUUGGGCACAGUCGUUAUCGUGGGACGAGUGGCAUGCCCUUUCUGUGUGUGCGCCGAACGAACCUUGCCCGAAACCCGAUCUUGUGGGUGUGCUCCAAGGCGCUCAUACACGUCCCAUCGUGUGCAUAUCGACGCUGCCACCAGCGCCCCAGGAUGCUGUCGCAUUUGGCGAUCUCCCACCCACUGGCACUCUCUUCACAGCUGACUCCAUGGGACGGAUCUUGCAGGUGAACAUGAUGCGUGAGCAUUGCAUUGUUGAGCGUGAGCUUAAUGGUCAUGAGACAAGUGUGCAUGCGAUUUCGCCAGUUUGGUAUGAAUGCGAGCAUGCCGGCACUUGGACGGCGGACGUGUGGACUGCUUCAAGCGAUCAGACUGUUCGUCGAUUCCCUCUGUCGAUGCACGACAAGGCACAGCGCUUACCUGGACGCACCUCUAGCGCAGGAGGCCUUUUGGGCAGCCGUCCUGCAGUGCAUGCUACGCAGCUGAUACCUACUCCGCACAAGGCGCAUGUUGUUCUUCCACUUGGUGGACUAUGCGGAAGUGAGGCAGGUGUAGGCACAGAGGCGAUGACCUCAUUGCUAGACGACACGGAGGCAGUGCUGUUGGGCAUGGAGGGCGGUACGUUGCAAGUGUAUAGGCCGGCACCGUCCGUCGAACUAGAAGGGCACUGGCACACGGUCACAUAUGUCGGCACAUGGACAAGCGAGACGCGGCAGGUGUACAUUGUGUCAGCAUCGUUGGACGGUACGAUUCGUCGAUGGCCCAUGCAAGAACUGGUGAGCUGUCAACGCACCGUAGACACGCACGAGGAACUAGGCGCAUCGGCGUCGAACGCAGGGUCGUCGGUCUUGACGGCGGAAGAAGAGGCUGAAUUGGACGAGUUGCUCAGCGAGUGA